AAAUCACAACAUCAUCACACACCCCUGCCCGCAAUCACUCGUUGCCGUCCUUCCCGUCACUGAAGCAUUCGGUGUCGGUGCCUUCUGAGCCGACGUCGGUGUCAUCCUCUACCAUCAUAGCCUCCAUGGCCUCCACCAUCAUAGCCUCCAACGCAACAGACUGUUGAACAGAGGAAUACAAGCGCAGCCAAUGGAUGCAGAGACGUCCGUGUGGGGAAACAUCCUGUCGACAGACCAGGGUGCGUAUGUUCUCAUCGGCGUGGUGCGUCAGCUGCGAAAGCCUGGCCACUCCAUCGGCCUACAGACGAUAAGCAGAUGGGCGCCUUCUUUUUUCGCCCGCAUGUGACCUACCUGUCGUAUGAGGUUGCAGUAGGGGUUGUGCGGGAGGCCGUCACGCGCCUGGACGUCCUCAUCAAGACUGCAGGCAGACCGGCAACACAGGCGGGAUGCUCGCCCAUGGCAUAGCUGUGUGUCGUGUUGUGAUAGAAAGGGCACCGCAGUAAGUUGUGGACUACAAGGAGUGCGUCUCUGAGCAUUGCGACCUCGGUGCCGUCCACAAGCAGAUCGCACAGCGGCCCGACGCAACCACACUCAACCAAAUACUCCACCUGAACAACCAUGACAUUACAGCACAUUCUUUCCAGCUGGUCUUAUCUGUACCUGCUGCUGCGAUCCGAGUCCCACUCCAUUGAUGAUAGCCCACAGUGCCUCUCGCUUGACGCCCGGCGUGUCUGUGGUAGCUAUGGUGAUCAGCAGGGGCACCCCACCACUCUCGAUGACCACCUGGCGCUGCUCACGUUGGCGCUGCUCACGUGAGCCUGACCAGACACAGAUACGUCAUUGUCCCCACUGCUUUGUUUAAGCUCACCCACCAGCCAUGAUGUUGGAGAACGUCCAGCACGCCUCCUUGCGAAUAUUCUCGUUGGGCGACGACAGCAGCGCCCGCAAAGCAGGAAUGGCACCGCACUCGAUAAUCGCCUGUUUCUGCACAUCAUUGCCUGAGAACACACACAAACAGAAACGCCCAGGCCGCCGCUCGGUAAGGCGUGUGCGCGUGUCGUCUCUCAGCAUUUCGUGUGCCUACCCGCCACGAUGUUGCCGAUAGUCCUCACUGCAGGUUGCUGGAUCUCACAGCUGUCAUGGCCCACAAGCUCCACCAAUCGGCCGCACACACCACUCCCGACUACCGCCUCGAUGCGCUCGUCGCCUCUCUCGCUUGUGAAGUGCGACAGCACCCUGCACCCCUGUCUGAGCACUUCAGCGUCCUGGUCAGGCCUCUUGAUGAGCUCUGCCACCACCGGCACCGCUGGCGACACCAACUCGAAGAGCGGCUGGGGCCGGCCACGGCACAGGUUGGAGAGCGUCCAGGUGGCUGUGCCCACCAUUGACACCUCCUUGCUCUCGCGCAGCACCUUGAGCAGCGGCUCCAUGACGCCCGCCUCCAGCACCAGGUCGCGAUGUUGCCGAUCGCCGGCGAUGUUGCCGAGUGCCCACACGGCCGGUUCGCGCACACCAUCGUAAGGGGACGACAGCAGCUGCACGAAGGGCGGGAUGGCACCAGCCUCGACAACGGCCUGCGUCUGCCCCGAUGUGCCCCCAGCGAUGUUGGUCAGCGACCACAUGGCUUCAUACUGCACCUUCGGCAUGCUCGAGUCACUGAGCAACCCCACGAGUGGUUGAACGACGCCCGCAUCGACGGCCUCCUGGGUGGGCGGCACUUCUUCGAUGGCGAGCAGUCUGCCAACUGCAGCGGCGGCCUCAAGCUGGAUGGCUGUAUCGCCGCUUUUGAGUCCGUCGGAAAUGACGCCGAGCAGACAGGCCAGGCUGACUCCCUCCACCACCCUUUGCCGUGAAGUCGCAAUGCGGCAGAGUGCGCUGGCCACGUAGACGCGCUCAUCGAGAUGGGGGGACGAUGACAGCAGCUGAAUGAGGGGCGGGAUGCCGCCCGCAUCGACGACGGCCUGGGUCUGCUUCGAUGUGCCCGAAGCGAUGUAGGUCAGCGCCCACGCCGCCUCAAACUGGAGCUUCGGGCGAACCGAAUUGGCGAGAACGGCCACCACUGGUUGAAUGAGGCCCGCAUCGAUGGCCUCCUGGAUGGGCGGCGCCUCUCGCAACAGGUCGCGGAGGGCACUGGCGGGAGCGAGUUGGAUGGCCCCAUCGCCGCUUUUAAGUCCCUCGGAAAUGACGCCGAGCAAAGAUGUCAUGUUGACACCAUCCACGAGCCCCUUUCGUGAGUAGAUGAGUUGCCCUCCUCCGUCGGGGGGUCGGGAUCGUGAGUAGUCGACGCUGCAGACGACGCUGCAGAGGGCACUCGCCGCGUGAACGCGCACACCGAGCUCAUGGGGGGACGAGAGCAAGUGCACGAAAGCAGGGAUGGCACCGGCCUUAAUGAGGGCGUCAGCGGUGAUGGCGAAUGGAAGGCGUAUAAAGGCGAUGGCUGCCAGGCAUCUGGCCGCCUCGAGCUGAACGCUUGGAAGCCAGUGGCUCUUGAGUAGCAGCACCAGCACCGGCAGGGCAUCGAUGGCGUCGACGACAGCAUAGAUGAUGUCCUUCUGGCAUCCAGGCUGAGCCACAGUCAGCCGUCGAUGCAGCUCACGGAGGGGACUAAGGCUGAUGAAGGAAAACCGGCUCGAGAAGCGCUUCGCAAGUUGAGGGACGGUCAGCUGCUUCAGGUCGGGCCAUAUCAAGGAGCAAACGGCUGCCCAGAUGGUGCUGAAGAAGGCUGAAACGCCCCGCAU